UCUGUUAUCUCACAGCGGCUUGCAGGUUCUUUGGUUUGGUUGGGUUGCUCUGUUUAUCUCUGACCAGACCAAAAAAUGGCUCUCUCUCAUCUUCCCCAUUUCACACUCCUACUCGUCCUCUUCCUCUCUUCUUCUUUACCACAUUGCCAUUGCUUUCCGGCCAUCCACCACCACCACCACCCCCGCUUCGCUCACCACAAUUACAAAGAUGCCCUCACCAAAUCCAUUCUGUUCUUCGAAGGACAGAGGUCCGGCAAGCUUCCUUCUAACCAAAGAGUCAAAUGGAGGAGAGACUCCGGUCUUUCAGACGGCUCUGCCAUGCAUGUGGAUUUAGUCGGAGGGUACUAUGACGCCGGAGAUAACGUAAAAUUUGGUUUCCCGAUGGCUUUCACCACCACAAUGCUGUCAUGGAGUGUGAUUGAAUUCGGUGGGUUGAUGAAAGGAGAGUUACAAAAUGCUAAGCAAGCCGUCCGUUGGGGUACUGAUUAUCUUCUCAAAGCUACUGUUCAUCCAGACACCAUUUACGUUCAGGUGGGUGACGCUAACAAAGACCAUGCUUGUUGGGAGAGACCGGAAGAUAUGGACACAGACAGAAGUGUUUUUAAAAUUGACAAAAAUACUCCCGGCACCGAAGUUGCCGCUGAAACCGCCGCCGCUCUGGCUGCUGCUUCUUUAGUGUUCAAGAAAUCAGACCCUACUUACUCCAAGCUUUUGAUCAAGAGGGCCAUUAGGGUGUUUCAAUUUGCUGACAAGUAUAGAGGACCGUACAGUAAUGGAUUAAAGAAAAUUGUUUGUCCAUUCUACUGCGAUUACUCUGGAUAUGAGGAUGAAUUGUUGUGGGGUGCUGCUUGGCUCCAUAAGGCGACCAAGAACCCGAUUUAUCUUAACUAUAUUCAAAUUAAUGGGCAAACACUUGGGGCUGCACAGUUUGAUAAUACAUUUGGUUGGGACAACAAGCAUGUUGGUGCAAGAAUUCUUCUAUCUAAGGCAUUUCUUGUCCAAAAAGUACCAGCUCUCCAUGACUACAAAGACCAUGCAGAUAAUUUCAUCUGUUCAAUAAUUCCAGGGGCUCAUUUCUCUUCUGCUCAAUACACUCCAGGUGGACUUCUGUUCAAGAUGGAUGAUAGCAACAUGCAAUAUGUGACCUCCACUUCAUUCUUGCUCUUAACCUAUGCCAAGUACUUGAUUCAAGCCCGCAAAGUUGUUAACUGUGGUGGCACUAUAAUUACUCCUAAUAGGCUGCGAAACAUUGCCAAAAGACAGGUGGACUAUUUGCUAGGAGACAAUCCACUAAAGAUGUCCUACAUGGUGGGAUAUGGUCCAAAAUACCCUCAAAGAAUACAUCACAGAGGCUCAUCAUUACCAUCCAUUGGGGUGCACCCGGCCAAGAUCCAAUGCUCGGCGGGCUUCAGUAUCAUGAAAUCGCAAUCGCCAAACCCCAACAUUCUGGUGGGUGCAGUCGUCGGAGGACCGGAUGAGCACGAUAGGUUCCCCGAUGAAAGAUCAGAUUACGAGCAGUCCGAGCCCGCCACGUAUAUCAAUUCGCCUCUCGUAGGGGCAUUGGCUUAUCUCGCUCACUCAUUUCGCCAGAUCUAACUUAAAAUGUAUCCAAUUUGUGUGCUAGCUAUUAGUAGAAUAUUUUGAAUUUUAGUACUAAAAUAUGUCUAUGGAUGUGAACCGUGUGUUGGUGUGUGUGGUUAUUGGGUCGAAACGUAUGGCUCGAACCCCAACCCUCACAUUGGUUGGUCAAAAAGAUAUAUAUAGCUCGCUUUUCUUUGUUUCUACAGUUUAAUUAAUUAUAGGCUAUGGUGUGAGUUCAAAUGUCGUGCCCAGUAUUACAAUUGUUGGUUUGCUAGUCUGUUUUGGAACUUGUAAUAUGUCCACUAGUGUAAGGUAUUUGGAAAUUUCUCUAGUAAAACGCCUGGAUUCCUUA